AUAUUACAGACCAGAUGAUCACAAGAGUUUAAAGAGUCCUCGAUUAAGCUGAUCUGUUGCAUUCGUCGCGUUUAGAGUUAGGUAACAGCUGUGUAUUCUUCAAGAGUCGAGAGGUUGUUGGUGAAGUUUAACAGCUCAGGAAGAGCCAUCAUGUCGAAGGCAAUCUUACUAUGCUUCCUGCUCGUCGUAAGUGCGGGGAAUUCUCUGCAAGCACAAAAUGAUGCUAAUGCUGACGCUUGGUGGUAUUCUUCCAGUUACCCUCUUAUACCAUUCACUAACCUCGUUACUGACAGAGAGACAACUGAUGGGCCACAACCCGACCCAACCACCAUCACCCCUUCAGGAGCCACCGUAUCUUGUGAGAGCACAUCCAUGACGGUUCUCCUCGACCGAGCCCUGCUCGAGAAUAACGGUGAUGCCACUGACGUCCACUACGAAGACCAGAGCUGUGUCGGCUACGACUACACCGGAGGUCGCAUAGCGGUCACGACCAGAUAUGACGACUGCGAUACAGUGUCCGAGCAAACUGCUGAUGUCAUCAAGUACUCCAACGUCGUGACGUACUUCAAACCGACGGGUGAAAACGGAUCGCUGAUCACGCGUGAUUUCCGCCUCAAGAUCCCCGUCACUUGCGAGAUCAAACGCCGCAGUCUACUCGGUAGCUCCUUCAAGCCCAAACUCGGCAUCGUGAGCUUCAGCGAGACUGGUUACGGUAACUUCUCGCUCACUCUUGACCGCUACUCCGAUAUCUCCUUCACCUCGCCGGCACCCGACCCAGACGCGCUCGUGUAUCUGGGGGAGACGCUGUUCUUCGGAGUGACCCUAGACGCGGUUUCUGAGCUGACGUUGUUUAUUGACCGCUGCUGGGCAACGCCCGAUGUCUACCCGAUGAACCCGAUCGAAUUUAUAUUCGUUAAAGAUGGAUGUGGACUGGAUCCUACCGUAGGCUUUCAUGACAUACAGCGUUUAAUUAAAGGAUUCUCUAUCGAUGCUUUUGCUUUCAUUGGCGAAUAUCCAGAGGUAUACCUUCAUUGUGACGUGCUUGUUUGUGAUACCGACCCCGCAUCCCGCUGCUCACAGGGUUGUGUAACCAGAGCCAAACGUAGCGCAGCCGGGCAGCCUCGGGGUUCGAGCUCCAAGCCACACACCAUCUCUAACGGACCCAUGUCUGAUCAAGCUGCUGCUGGUUCAAGCUCAAUGGACACUUCAUGGUUGGCGAACCCAGUCAACAUGAUGCUGGUGGCAGCCGCUGGUUUCUUCAUCACCAUGGUUGCUAUGGUAACGGUGAAAAAGUUGAGAUCAAGUUCUAAAGCCUCUAAAGGAUACAGCCGUCUGCAGACUGAAGGUGAAGUCGAAGCUUAGAAAGAGGAGAAGAAAGAAGAACAGGGAGAAGGGGGAGGAGGAGAUGAAAGAAGAAAAAAGAGAGGAGAUCAGAUGAAUGAUGAUGAUGAUGAUAAAAAUGAUGGAGAAGAUUAAUGAGACAUCAAGUUGGGAUGACACAUGCUUUUCUGGUCAUUAAUCAAUUAUCUCGCAAAUGGCAUAUCUCUUGAAUAUCAUGCAUAUAUCAUUAGAGAGUAAUAUGACAUUUAUAAUUUGUAUGUUGAAACGAAAUUAAAUAAUGAUUAUAUACAGAUUUCGAAAAUAAAAAUAAAACGUUCUACAGUUAUAUUUCAGUUAACCUCUAGCUUUUUAUAAAGACAACUUUUGUGAUUACGUCUAUGAUAGUCACACUUCUGGCUAUGUAGUUUUUUUACAAACGAUUAACGAUUAACGAAAUGCUUAAGCCGGUACACCUCCUGCAAGAAGGUGUACCUAUCCUAUCACUAUGUAUCCCUUUUUCUUUCCCACACUAUUUCCCAUAUUCUCUCUCUCUCUCUCUCUCUCUCUCUCUCUUUCUCUCUCUUUCUCUACCUUUCUCUAGCUACUUCUUAUUCCCUCGCUCUCUACUACCAUCUUUCUCACCUCUUUUUGACAGUGUUUUACUGCAUCUAUACGCUUUUUUUUUCUUCGACGCUGAUAAAAAAAAGUUCUAUGCCAUGAUGUUUAGUUUCCUUUUCAUUGCUCCAUUUGGUAGGAUGCUGCCAUUGCAAUUAUCAGUCUGCUAUUGAAUUGUGCUAAGAGUGACUGCAAUAAUUAAAUCGACGUUGAAUAAAAACCAAUUGUUAUUAUCCAUAGGCCUACAUGACAUUAAACUUUCUUUCAAAGAAAGCGAUGUAUGAAAAUAUAGAUUUUUUCUUCUAAAUUUGGUAAUCUGUUUUCGCCUUUUGUAAUCGUUUCAUCACUAUGCGAAAAAUAUCUCACUUGAAAAUAAAUUCUAUCCGAAUUGUUG